CCCCCCAAGACUGUCCUGUUUGUUGACAAAGUAACUCGAAGAUGUGACGCUGGAAAUACACAAUUUUUCGAUCAUGAUGGAUAUAGGAAAUAAGGUGCCAAAUAAAUGGCCGAAAUUGCUGGAUAUGACGAAGGACGAAUGUCGGAAAGCUCUUCGUGCUUUAGAACUAACCACUUACAGCCAAGUUGUAUCAGUCUUACGAGCUCAAGGAGAACUUACUAAGGAGAAGAGAAAGCUACUAAAUGACCUUCAGACAAUAUUUUCCAUCACCCUUGAAAGACACCGUGCAGAGAUACGGAGAGCAGUUAAUGAUGAAAAACUCAACACUAUUGCAGACACCCUAGCUGGGCCUAACACAGGAGUUGAAUGGGCUGUAGAGGGUAGACGUUUGAUCCCACUCAUGCCCAGGGUUCCUCCACAAACAUCGUACACUGCAAUAGCUACGAGGAUGGCCCUUUUGUAUUAUGGCAUCAACGCAAAAAUGCCUCCACCAAAUACAACAGCAUUAUAUGGCAAAAUGGAUGAUCUUGGUGCUGAAUCUGAUGACACGGACUCUGAGGAGGAGACAGAAGGACUUAGAUUUAUCCAAGGUGCUAUGGUACCUCAACAGUACAACAGUGAUCAGGGAUCAUAUACCACACUGCCAAUGUCACAGGCUCGUUUAUCUAAGCUGCCACCGAAAGAGAAUCGGGAAAAUCGAGAAGCUCCACCUACCACAUCAUCAGGAGGGAGUAGUGGCCCUGUGAGUGUUGGCCUUGGGAGUGGUGGUGGUGGAGGUGGAAGUAGUGAUAAAAGAAAACGGAAGAGAUCAACUUCCACCGAACACCCCCUUCCUCCUCCACCCCCUCCCCCAGCUCCUAGGGAACUUCCUCCCGCAUCUGGGACACCCACCAAGCAGGUAAUUCUUGUAUCAACAUCUGGAGCAAGUGGCGUAGGAAGUGGCAUGUAUCAGCGUUCUCUCAGUGUUCCUGUUAUGAAAAGUAGCACUGGAGCAUCACCCACUGUGAUGAGAGGUGUUCCCUCUGCAGGCAGUACAAUACCAGCAAGUCAAAUGCAGUCUGGGAGCAAUGUGGGCUCAGGAAGUAUGAUCGUACCUUCAACGUACUCUGGUGGUGGAUCACUUGUGUCAGGAGGAAUGCCUCCAUCUGGAACGUACGUAAACAGAAUGAGGCCAAGAAUUCCUUCUGGUGCCCUGCCUCCUAGGCCUCGUCAGCGAUCCAAUUCUCUUGUUCUUCAGGCUGAAGCAGGAAUGCCACAGAGAGGUGUGGAGUCAGGUGCAGGUAGUGGAGGGAGCAGUAUGAGCUCUGGUAGUCACAUGAGUUCUGUGCCCUCAUUUACUGGGAGUCCAUCUGGCAUGGUAGCACCAUCUACAGGUCCUCAUGGUAUGCCACCAGGCCAUUUGAUGACUCAUCAAACUAUUCAGGUUAGACCAAGCACACCAGUUGCUACAGGGAAAGCUGCAAUACAGAUUCGUCAGGAAGGAACAUCAGGAGCCAAGAUCAUCACUCACUCGGUGGGAGGUAGUGGAGGCGGGAUUGGGGUUUCCAGCAGCAAUCCCAGUACUGUGUGCAGCAGCAGCAGCAGCAGUAGCAGCAGCAACAACAGCAGCAGCAGCAGCAGCAGUGUGGGUAUGGGUCCAAAUGCUCCAGGACGGCUAAUGGGGCGGACUCCACUCUUACCACCCAGCUCGCCACAAGGGACUGGUGGGCCACUUUAUGUGGUCACCACUAACUCCGGCACCAUCACUGUUGUCACUCGCACUGUUGCUGCUGGUCAGGGAACUGGUCCUAGAGUAGUGACAGUGAACACCAUAAAUGCACCAAAGGCUUCUGUCAGUGGAGUCCGAGCUCCAGCUCCAGCAACAGUAGUAUCCGUUGGUUCAAAAACAAUACAAACAGUAAGAGUAACACCUCAGGGUCCUGCCGGACUUCGACCAGUGCUGAGUGGUACAAAAUCUAAUGUAAUUGUUGUACAUAAAGGAGCCCCAUCUCCUGGAACGAGACCCAUGAAUAUUCAGGGAAUCAGGGAUGUACCCACAAAAAUCACCAUAGGAAAAAACCUUAGUGGAAGUUCCAGCUCAACUGUACUUCAGAAGCCUUUGCCUUUGUCUCGGGGGACCAUUGGAGCCCCGAAUGUCGUUCCUGUGAGCACACCUACAUCUCAGGGCAAUGUCAUUGUGGUGGAUUUGAGCCCUGAGAACAACAGUGUGAGCAACAACAAUGCUCUGGCUGACAUUCUGCAGGCCACAGGUAUUCUGAGUGCUGGCGGACCAAGUAGUGUUGAUAGUGGAAACAUCCCUGCUGGUGGUGGUGGUGAUGAAGUAGGCAGCAAUGAGGGGGCAACCCCAAGAAUCCCUCCUAGUUCGGUGCCAUCUCUGUCUCGGACAGAAUCCACUUCCACGAGUGUGGCACCAACCUCUCAAUCUUCCAUCACUACACACAGCCAGUCAAUCAGGGAGUCAUCAUUAUCAGCAACAAACAGUGGCACCUGCACAAGCAGUAUAUCUACAACAGCCAGUACAACCACCACUGCCGCCAAUACGUCUACCACCACACUGGCAAAUAUAAUGACUAACACGACUACGUCCUCUACCACUGUUACCAUUCCUACCACCAACAGUAGUGGUGGCAACAGUAGUGGUGGUAAUAGUAGUGAGGGUAGUGCUAGUACAGGAGGCAGUGGAGGCAGCAGUAGUGGCUGUGCUGUAGAUGGUGAAGGAGAAUGGCUCAAUUUAGGGCUAGAAGGCGAAGACUCUCCUGGCCACAGCUUACCUGAGGGACAAAUGCAAAUGCUAGAGGAGGCAGUGGAAAUUUUAGGCCGUGGAGACAAAGAAUCUGCUAGAAAUCUUCUUCGCCAGGCUGGGAUAGAAUUAUUAGAUUCUCCAGGUGACAUUGGCGAACAUGGAGGGGAGGCAGCAUCAAUGGCCAGUCUGAUGGCGGGAUUAGCCAGUCAGCUUCCCGGUGGCCAUAUGGAUGAUGGAUCUCUCGCUCCUGUAGGUGAACUGGAUCCUGCAACUGGUCUUUUCUACAAUCCCUCAAGCACUGAAAGUUCUUCUGAUAGCAACAGUAAUUCAGCUUCAGAUGAACUGGAUGCCCCAGAAGAAAGAGAAUCUCCAGAGUAACUGUGCCAAUCAGUGUUGAACUGAAUAUUUUAUACAUUUUUUUUAAGACAUCCUUCAUUUGUAGAUAUUUUUUGUUUGUGACAAAUUCUAUUUUAGUGAUUUUUAUAUUCUUAUUGUACAUAUUGAAUGUUCAGAGUAUUUUCUUUUUUUCUUUAUAGUUGAUCUCAUGUCUGCAUAUUGAUAUGUAAAAACUGUAUAUCUUUUAUGAAAUCUUGGAGUUUGUUGAAGUGUUCUGCCUAUUAUAUAACAUAAGCCUCUCCAAAUGCUAUAUAAAUUGCAAUAUUCCCAAUUUCUAGUUGAUAGAAUCUUCAUUCUCGAUUUUGGACAAUAAAUUAGAACAGUAUAUACUUUUCAAUUAAAGGUAGACACAUUAUAUAUCUAAUUGAGUUAGGAAAAUAAAAUAUAUUUUUCACUUGUGUUAGUGGUCAUCUUUCACUAUUUUCAUAUAAAAUAAAAUCAUCUAACACAAUUAUUGAUUUUAACAAAUUCAGUUAUAAAAUUAGCAGUAUAUUAACAGACUCUAAUCCCAUAAUAUAAAUUAAUAAAUUCAUAUUGAAUAAUUUAGCCUUCUCAGCCUAAGGAAUCUCAUACCUGACUGAUUUUGUAAUUUUGUAUGGUGGCUGCAAACAGUCUGACAGAAGCUCUUCCAUUACUUAUCAUCUUGGACAUAGAAAAGUAGAUUGAGGGGGAGGGAGGCAUGCGAGACAAAAUUAGGUGUAAGUAGGGGUCAGUAUGUGGGUGAAAAAAGGUAUGAAUAGGUAUAUGCGAGAUUACAAGACAAAAAGGAUAUGCAGGUAUGUGAAGAUUACAAUAAAUUAGGUAUGGGGGAAAUGUGAGAAAGAUUACAGGAUAACUGAUGGGAGGGGGAAUAUGUGAAGGGCUACAAGGAAAAAAAAAAAGAUGCAAGUCAUUAACCUAUGAUACUAUUUAUCAGCAUCUAUAAAUCUGAAGGUUGUUUGGAAGAUUUCCAGUGUAGAUUUUGAGUUUAUCCCCAUUCAAUGAAUAUUUUACAUAUGUAAAAUGUGUAUAUGUAUGUAUGUGACCUAAAAAGAAAAAUUUUCAUUUUUCUUUGUAGGUUGCCUUGGUGGGAUAUGGCUAGUUUGUUGAAAAAAAAAAUUGAGGAAAAACAUUAAUAGAGAAAAUUAAGCACACAUUCAGUGUAGUGUGUGUGCGCGUGCAAGAGGGAAAUUAUUUGUUGCCCACCUUCAUUUUCCUCACAUGUAUACUGCAACAAUAGAGCUAUCGGAUUAUAUACUGUAACACUAAAGCUAUCAUUAUAUACUGCAACAAAUGAGUGAAAACAAAUUAGAAUGAAAGCAUAUGUGAGAAGUACAUAAUGCAGUAUGCAGUGGUAGGCAAAAGAAUCGUAGAGAGAAUCUGAAAGGUGUUGAAUAUUUAAGAAUAUUUGAGUCCAGUGUAAGAAUUAGUUCAUGAAAUUUAGGGGUGACUGAUGUAAUUAACACUGGAUUAUUUUGGGUUAUUCAUAGAAAUAGCUGCCGAGUUUAGUAACGGGCAUUAUAUGCUACGUGUUUCACCCUUCAAUCAGAGGGCUCUUGAUUAAAGGAACUGGAGUUAUCUUUCCCUUCCACUGAUCAAAUCUAAUUACCUCUUUGAUCCUUUAGGGUUUUACAUAGCUUUUUUUUCCCUGAAUUUAAUAUGAUUCAAGAAGAAACAGACAAGGUUAUACUUAGUAAUAUUCCAGAACAAGCCAAAACAAUGUCAGGAAUUUAUUUCCAUUUUGCGAGCUUGGUUUCACACUUUAUAUUUUAACUUUUAUUCAUUAAGUCUAUGAUAGAAAUAAAUAAAGCCUCACUAACUUGGGUUGAGAAGGUUAACCAAAAUUUAAAAUGGCAAUCUUGGUUCAUUUUGCAACAAAGACAUGACCAUUAGUUCUAUUUUCUAGUAGACCAUAUUAUUUUUCUUGUUUUGGGGAAU